AUGGCCAACGAAAAGCCCAAGCAAGAAGUCACAACUAAGAACAAUGAUCAUAUUAAUUUGAAGGUGGCAGGGCAGGAUGGUUCUGUGGUGUACUUUAAGAUUAAGAGGCAUACGCUACUCAGUAAACUGAUGAAAGCCUACUGUGAGCGGCAGGGUUUGUCAAUGAGGCAGGUCAGGUUCCGAUUCGAUGGGCACCCGAUCAAGGAAACGGACACACCUGCACAGCUGGAAAUGGAGGACGAAGACACAAUUGAUGUGUUCCAGCAGCAGACAGGAGGUGGCUACUAAACAGGGAUCCCGCCACUUUACUCUAGAACUCGGUUCCUCCAGACCAAGAAGAUAGGCUCAAUUAGAAAACCACAAUUCGGUUCUACCACAUCAUGACUACUACAGAACAGCUUUCUCUGUUCCUUCAUUUUCCCUUCCCCAUUCCUUUAUUGUAUAUAGAGCAACUGUGUAUGUGCACAACCACAUUGCAUUUGUUUUUAACUAAACGGUCAAUGGUAUGUUUUGACUGACAUCAAGUGGGGAAAAAUACUGGUUCCGUGAAAAUAUCCCUUUUCUCCAUUAGUAGCAUGCUCCUUCAGCUCUUAUCUUUAUAUUCGAGUAAGUUGUUUUGCUCUCGUGGUUUAACAAAAAAAGAACAACAUAAAAAUCUUUGCCCACGAUCAUGCGAUUGAAGAAUUUUAAUGCCCUUUAUUUGUGAUUGUGAAAGCAGCGAUAAUUUUAUAACUUUUUUGUAUGUAGGUAUUACAUG